GGCUACAAUUAAAUGCAACUGCACUGUACAUGUAGGCCUAUAUCGUACAUACACCACGAGGCACCUCAUUGUACGACGGCUGGCAACAAAAAUAGGCAGCAGUUUACAGCGGCCCUUUAUUUUCGAUUCUUCCAGCUCCUAAAACUUCAGAGGGAGAGAAGGCAGUGUAGUACCUUCCAGUUCGUAUCCUGAGUCAAGAAUGGCAACAACCCAGCCGAAGUCCGACACUAGUCCGUCCUCCAUGGACGCCUCCGUCCGAAAACAAGACAGGUUGCUUGCCUACCUCAAGGAGCGAGCCGCUGAGAUCAGAGGCAACCCUGCCGCCCUGCUGGCCGCUACGGACGAGUUCUGCUACAAGACUAGAAUGAUGCACGUUGGAGACAAGAAAGGUGCUAUAGUGCGCAAGGUGGUUCAAGAGUUGGCCCCUAUGACGUGCCUGGAGCUCGGCACAUUCUGCGGCUACUCGGCGGUGCUCAUGGCGAGUGCCUUACCCGAAGGAAGCCGCUUCAUCACCCUUGAAGCUGAUGAGACGCACGCGGCAGUUGCGAAGGAGUUUAUCGAGCUUGCGGGAGCUCAAGUCAGCGAUAAGGUUACCCUUGUUGUCAAGAAAUCCGAAGAUGUCAUCCCAAAUCUGCGUAAGGAUUUCUCGGUGGACACCUUGGAUUUCGUCUUCAUCGAUCACUGGAAAGAGCUGUACGUCAGGGACCUGAAACUCCUGGAGUCCCACGGUCUGCUGAGGAAAGGAACCGUUAUCCUAGCCGACAAUAUGAUUUACCCUGGAGCUCCGGACUAUCUCGAGUACGUACAAAACUCGGAGAAAUAUCAAACUGAGUUGUUCCACUCUACGUUGGAGUAUUCUGACAGGGAAGAUGCCGUUGCCAAAUCAAUCUACUCAGGCUAAAGAAAAACAUAUAAUGCUCGAAAUUUGGGCUGUUUUGUUUUCUCCUGUUGUGCGAUGUGAUUGUAUACGGUUGCGAUUUCUCAUAGAUUGUUGUACGGGAUCAAGGAACUGGUACGGGAGUUUAGGGUUUUUGAUCGUGGAUGGGGCAGAAGUGUGGUGCUAUUAACAUUAAACUAACGGAAUUUCAAGGGCCAUUAUUGUGUUUUUUUCUCUCAUAGGGCAUUAAAUUAUAAAGGCUCCGUAGAUAGGGAAGCUCACUGUUUUACCUGGUUCUGAAUUCAUUAAUUUCAUUUUUUUUCUCGUCUCUUCUUUUCCAACUCGGAAUUAGUAUUAACUUGUUAAAAAACAUUCAUUCUCUGACGGGAUAUUGUUUGUGGUUUCUAAUUCUGAGUCACAAUUUUAGAAUGAUCGAUUGCUAAGUGGUUUUAAAAAAAUUGUCCCUCCAGUAAUGUCACAUCGAUGCAUUUACCACAUUAUAAUAUGCCUGCGCACCAAAAUAAUGUAUGCAUGUAAUCCACCUCUUGAAGAAGUGCACUUGGAGACAUUUUGAAUGUCCUUAUGAAUGAAACUGACUGGUUAAUUACUGGGAUGGGAAAACAAAUUCGUUCAACAACAAAACAAUCCGCUACCGGUAUCGUGCUACACACCAAGGAUAUAUGAACAGUUUGUAUUGAAUCUAAAUAUCUGAUUGUAAGAAAAUACAUUUGUCAUUCUGGACCCAAGUUAAUCAGUCUUUUUUUGAGAGCAUUAAUCAGUGUGGACGAUUGAGCAUUACAUGUAAGCAUUCAUAUUUCAUUGUUAUUUUUUUCUUAUCGUUAAACUUUUAGGCCAUUUAAAAAAGAAUCACGAUUUAAGGGACAUAA